GAUAGUUAACUACUGAUGCGACAAGCAGUGACCAACAAGCAAGUCAGUAACAGCAAGCACAACGCUAAACUUGAUUAGCCACCGAGUAAUCUGGUUUAAGGAUGGCAUGCGUGUUCCUCAUGCGCAAGAUACCCUGAUCUUAUUCGAACAGACCUUCGAGACGCACUUGAGACGGAGACGGAGUGCGUGGAUUUUGGAGAAAAUUCUGCAGAGGUUCUGCGUCUGUUUGCAAACGCAGCAAGUAACGGUACACCCAGGCUCAGAGAGAGCCGACGACAUUGUACUCAUUGCGCAAUUGACAGAUCGGGAAAGACUACAACAUUUUGAUCGCGAAUAUUUAGGACUUCUACGUAUCACGAUCUUCCACUAUUGUGGUACAAGAUGAUGUCACUUAUAGAUUUGGACGAUGACCAGAGAUGGGUCCCCACGCAUGUGAAUGUCACUGUCCUCCGUGCAAAGGGAUUGCGAACGAAGGGCAAGCAUGGGAGUCGUUAUGUUUAUACUAUUAUUCAGGUAGGGAAGGAGAAGUACACAACCGGCUUGGUCGAGAAGGCGGCAAUGCCUGAAUGGAAUGAGGAAUGCUGUUUCGAACUUCUCCCCGGUAUUUUGGAGCAUGGGGGACGGAGCUCCUUUCCUCCGGGGAGCGGUGACUUGGUCCUUACUGUCAUGCACCGGGUGCUGAUCGGCCUUGAUGUGUUUCUUGGUCAAGCUAUCAUCCCUCUGGAUAAGAUAUUUCAUGACGGAAUGUGUCCUAGAGAUGAGUGGCUCAGACUCAACUCCAAGGCCGGGCGGAAGGAGAAGGAACGUGGGGAGCUCCAGGUGACGGCCCAGUUCACCCGUAACAACAUGACCGCCAGCAUGUUCGACCUCACCAUGAAGGACAAGCCUCGCUCAGCCUUCGGCAAGCUCAAGGACCGCGUGACUGGUAGGAAGAGGGGUGAUGUGGAGUCAUCCUCGGCCAUCGUUCCCGGGCGCUUCGCUGCCUUGUCGGGGGGGCUGGGCCAGCCUUUUGGAGAGGGGGGCGGUGAGGAGGACCCUGGAGUUGGAGAGGUGGUGACGGAGGAGAAGAGGAGUAAAAUGAAGGAUUUCUUCAAGGGAAGACUGCGGAGGUCUUCGGACACCAGGUCGUGCUCUUCGCUGGCCUCUGAGAACAGCGUGUCAUCCAUGGCCAGUGACACUCCCGGCCCCCCUCCAUGUCUGGACCUACUGGCAAACCCCCCCAGCUCCCCGAUCUACCGUAGCAAAUUCAAGGAGGACACUCAGAAUGGAGAAAUGGAACUAGCAAAGAAAGUGCUGACGUCACAAACCUCUCCAAAGAUACUGACCCACAAGCGAGCGUUCAGCGAUGAGGCCGGUAACAUCAACACUCCCCUGCCUAGGCCAUGCCCCGCUGUAGAGUCCCUGAAGGGCCAGGGCAUGACCCUCUCACAAUCUUCACUGUGCAUCAACGGCAGCCAUGUCUACUCGGAGCCCGUGACUCCUCAGCGGAGCUCAGGCACCCUCCCCUCCAAGCUGGUCUUACUGGAGAAGUGUUCCCCCCUCUCCCGCUCCCUGCAGAACCUCACAAAGCGAAGCGAUGACAAGGCCUCCCCAAGGGAGGGCCGACGCUGGUCCUUUGACAAGGGGAAGAAGGAGCAGAAAGAGGAGGACAAGGAGGCUGAUGCUGAGGUGGCCCUGGUCCAGAGCGCCCGGACGACCGGUCGACCGGUACAGGCGGCGACGCCCAUUCUGUUGACCGCCGCCACUGACUCAGCAGACAAAGGGAAGAAGCAGAGGAAGACCUUGUUCUCUGGAGGGAGGAGCGAUUCGCUUCCUUCCAAAUCAGACCUGAGCCAGCCAGCUCCUGAGGGGAGACUCAGGGGGUGGUUUGGCUCCGGGGAAUCCCCGAACAAGCCAAGGCUGGAAGUUUCUCCUAAGGUAGAAAGCAGCUCAGAUGUACCCCCUCCCCUCCCCCCUCGCUCCCCCAUUCCUCCCCAGUGCUCGUCCCCCUCCGCCUGCUCCACUGGUCGCACCUCACCCGACAGUGGUCAUCCCACCAACCCCUUCACCCCCUCCCCUCCCACAACACCCGUCUCCCCCUCCAACCCCUUCCUGCCUCGUAUGCAGUGUAACCCCUUUUUUGAGGAGCUCAUAGCUGAAGAGACACAAAGGUCCCCUCCUCUCGCUUGCCGCUCCACCGCCUCACCCCUCUGUCAUUCCACAGCUUCGCCCUCUCGGCCCCACAUCCCCAGCCCUGCAACACAUGACGCCAUGCAAAGAAAAAUGGCCGCCAUCAGGCGAGAGCGUCCCAGGGCUGUUGCCAGGCAGAUGUCCCUUCCUGCUUUGCUCCCAAAAGCAGCUUCAUCCAACCCUCCCAAUCCCUUCAAUCCUCGUUCCAUGUCGGAAAGUGGUGGUGAACUGGACGAGUCAUUCGAUGCUUUUGCCUCUAGCCGGCUGAAUCCUACCCAGAACUCUUCAAAGCCCCCUUCACAAGCUCAAAGAAGAAGCACUCCACCUGUGGACAAUCACUCCAUUCAGCCGAUUGAUGAGAUGGAGAUGGAGAUGCCUGAAGAAGAUCCUCCACCAUUGCCCCCAAGGAGACCCAUUAGAACUGCAGUUAAUGACAUAUAUUCUGAAAGCUGGUUACAUAGAGGUCAAGAGCUUGCCGUCCACAAAGAGGCCUGCCUUUUGUCUCAGACCGGCGCUGCCUCCCUUCAGCACGCUAGAGAUGGAGACCGCAAGCGAAAUACUCCUAGCCUCUCCACAGAGCUUCACCUCAGCAGUGAGACAUCACUGUCUCACACUGAUCACUCCCAACCCAAGGCAAACCUGCCAAUGUCCCCUCCCCUGUUUAUGGAUGAAGACCAGUUCACCAAGUUUAAAUAUGAACCGUUAGAAGAUGAAGCCGAAAGCUGGAGGGGGAUAUUCACUGAGCAAGAUUUUUGUGAACCCGAUGUCAUGGUCAACCAUGAGGAGACAGAUGUAAAACAUUCAGACGAGGGUGUUAAAAAACAGACCAUUUCAAAAGCUCCUCAUUCUGAAAGUACAAAUCUAGCUGGACCUAAAAUGCUUCUUGAUGGCGACAUGUCAGUAGCUGACCUACUGAGCAUGUCAUCCCCAAAAAUUCCCAAAUCAAACAUCCAGAUACAUGAUGUUGUUUGUACUAUACAAGAACCAAAAGUGGAGCCUUCUUCCACUCACCCAGAUAAACCCAUAUCUAUAAACAAUAACCAGUCACCCUCACUAACCUUGGAAGAUCUGAAUAAGAACAUUAGUAAUUCUGAUUUUAGCUUUAUUGAUUCCGAUGGUUCUACUCCAUCUGAAAUAGGCAACUCUCUAAAAGGUCUGGGUGGUAUUUUACCUCCACCAUCUGCUGAUUCACCUCUAGCCCUGUACCACGACGGGGUGAUGGCAACUUCAGAGGAUAGGUUCACUUUAAAAAGGCCUAGCCUCACAGAUAUCAACUCAGCCUUUGAAAUGAAUGCACCGAUUAGUAAGCAACUGAAAGUUUCCGCUGUUUGCCAAGAAAACUGUCUUUAUGGAGCUUGCGAACUGGGAACACCAAUGUGUAUGUCCACAGACUCUAUAGAUGUCCUGAAGGAUGAAAGCACUUGUGAUUUGAAACAAGAGGUUCAAUCAAGUAAUGGCUUUCUUAAAGAAAGCAUUGAUUUUAAGGAAACACCGUCUUCACUUGAUUGGAAUGGCAAUCCACCAUACAAGCCUGUAAGCAGUGAGUCUUCACCACAGGUCGUCAGCGCACGGAAGAGUCUUAAGGGGAUGAUACGUGAGCUCCAUGGCAAUGGCAGUCCAAAAACUCCUCGGGGAGGAGGAAGAAAGAACGAUUUUGAUGAAUCAUCUUCUCUGGUUCAACAAAUCAUGGAAAGCAGUGAAGGACCCUUCUCAUAUCAACCUACAAGAUCUUCUCUUUCCUCCCCAGUGUCUCCAGAUAAAGAAAUAAACAUCAGGGUAAAUGGUCUAAACAGAGAGCAGAUCGACUGCAAUGAACUAAACACUAAGCUAGGACAUUCUCCCUCAAAGCAAAUGGGAGAAAUAAGCUUUGAAGACCUUCAUGCCAAAGUAGCUCCAAAAUUGAAAAGUCCUGCUAAGUCAAGGCUUGGUGCCUUUGUGCAUGUCUCCAAUCCCUGUGCUUCGGACCUCUCCUCCGCCCCUUCCCUGGCAGAUGGCACUAAUGACCAGGCUAACAUACCCCUCACCCUUGCCACUUGCCCCAUCUUGCAUCCCCCCACACUGAGGCCCAAUCCUGGAGCUAGUGCCACCCUGGUUGUGGCCCCCUACUCCUCCUCCUCCUGCACUACUGCCCAGUCCCAGGUCGAUGCACGGCACACACUUUUGCCUGAGGAGACACAACCAGCUAGCAGCCUGCCCCAUCAGGAGAGCAGCCCCCAUCCAGUGAAACCCCUGACCACCUCAACCAGCCAGGGGGAGAAGAGAGAGGAGAAGAGAGAGGGCCGCUCGGUCCUGGAGAAGCUCAAGUCCACCAUCCACCCAGGACGCUCUGCCCAGCCGACAGGAACCCAGGCUGAGAAAGCUCAGGAGGCGUUAGUGGACAACUCUGCCCAGUACCAACACCUGACCAACAUGGAGUUGAUCGCCCUUCUGCUGCAGCAAGAGAUGGACAUGGAGAAGCAGCAGGCAGCUUCCCAACAGCAGGGAGCAUUGUUGGAGAAACGUGAGGCCGAGCUGAAGAAGGUGAAGGCCCAGGUGCGCGACCUGGAGGACUACAUUGACAGGCUGUUGGUGCAGAUCAUGGAGCAGACUCCCACACUGCUCCAAGUGCGCUCCAGACACAAGUGACACCUGCGUGUGUGUGUUGGUGUGUUGACGCGCUCCGAUUAUCAGUUUACUCUAGAGCAGUGUUUCUCAGAUGUUGGACUGUAAUUUUUUUCCCUAGGUUACAGUGAUUGUUUUCCAGCUGUGAAGAUGAAGGUUUUGCUGAGUCAGUAAAAGCUCACAUAUGAAAGGUCCAGGAGUUUUUCUGAUGGAUUGAUGAGCAUAAACAGAAUUUGGGAAGCAAUGCUCUUGGGCAGGUGUAGUCAAACACAACUAAACUAAACCAACGUGAUCUCAAAACCCAUCCAGGUCUUUUCACUGCUGAUACUGCCCGGUUUAUGUAGACACAGUAUUACCCGAUAUGCAUGCUUCAUAUUAUACAAAUUUGAUAGGAUGAGGAUGCAAAAAUAUGAAAACUAAACAAAAUCUAUACAGAAACCACACUCACUUGCUAUGGAGUGUGAGCUUACACAGCUUUUGGCAAAUGUUCUGCAUUAGAAUGAUUAAGACUGCAUUCAUCAGCAAUAGAGCAAUAUAACUGUCUUCUUUUUUAAUAAUGCAACUUUAAUAAUUAAUUACAUCAGUUAAACGGUAAUGAAUCAUACACAGCCAAUGAUAAAGUGUUCAUUUAACACCAGGAAUGUUGAUAAGUCCAUCUCAUGAGCGUACAAGUACCACGAACAAUCUUGAUGUUAAAUUACAACUUUUAAAUAUGCUGUGUAUGGCACUUCCAAAGUUCAGAAAAAAUUGAAGUAACUAUAGAAGUAACUAUAUGGCAGUAGUAAGGACAGUAUCAUGUUUGGUUACUCUGUGGCAUGAAAUACCACUUGACUGCAAAGCAAAGUUUGGAGUUCCACGGAGCAUCAGUUUGUUUAAAUUGAAAGAACCAAGUUUCACAUUUUCUAACUAGUCAUUAAAAAGGUUGGUGAACAGAUGAUAAUAAACAAAGUAAGAUUUUACAUAUUGAUAUGGAUCAAUCAUACUGACAACAAUAGCUGCUUCCACUGCUUCAUAAGCCAAAAUCAAGUUAUAUUUAACAUUUGAUUGUCAAAGAUACUUUCCUGUUUACUUUUCGGUAUUGCUUUUUAUUUAUUUUUUAUUUAUGUUUUUGAAUUUACUACUUUGCACUUAAAAAGAUUAUGUAGGCUAAGUGCUGAAAAAUAUUAAAACAUUUUCAGCAAGAUAUUUGUGGUGGAGAAUUAAUUUAUAUAGGCUACAGUCAUAUUAUUCCAUAUGACCUUACUUGUACUGUUUCAUGCUAUUGUGUGGUGCACUUUCUAGAUGCAAUACUGUAGCUAAUGUAAAUGCUUUACUUGACCUCUGCACUGUAACAUCCUGUACAUUCAAAUAAAGAAAAAUAC